AUGCGGCCGCGAACGAUCCGCGCUCUGUACAAGGUCAUCCUGCGCGAUGUGCGCAAGAUGAGCGCUAUCCCGGGCUUCCGCGUGCGUGAGCCGCUCAGCAUGCUGCAGUGGGGCACCGGUGGCAUGCUGCCGCCGCCCGAGGACGGCGUCGUCGCAUCGCCCUACGCGUCGCCCGAGGACAAGGAGACAUGGGUCCGCCUGCAAGCGCUCCUCGAGCCCCACCGUGGCGCCGACCUGCGCGACGUCGUCCGGGCCACGUUUCGCGCCAACGCGACGCUCACCGACCCCAAGACCAUUGCACAGAAGAUCGACGAGAUGAUGUGGGUCAUUCCCGAGAUCUCACGUCAGCGCCUUCUCGCCGAGUCGUCGAGCGUGACGUGCACGGACGACGUCGAGAUUGAAGCCACGAGCCAGUUCCUUCCGACGCAGUCGGAGCCCAACCGGUUUCGCUACACAUACCGCAUUCGCAUCCGCAACCUUGGCGAAGACAUUGUCCGUGUGAACGGCCGCCACUGGGUCUUCAACCACAACUCGGUCAAGCGCGACGUGCUGCCGCGCAACUCGCCCGGCGUCGUCGGUCACAUCCCCGUGAUCGCGCCCGGUCACACCUUUGAGUACGCUAGCGGCGUCGAUCUCGAGACGACGACCGGGUCAGCAUCCGGCUGCUUGCAUAUGACGCGCUUCAUGGCGACCGACGAUGGCGGCGAAGUCGAGUUCGAUGCGGAAAUUGCGUCCUUUCUUCUCCAACCGACCGUGUCGGACUAACAAGA